AGACAAUGCAAGCAUAAAAUACGUGGCUGUCAAUUCUGUUAUUGUCCAGACGAAAAUUGCAACAAAAGCUUAGCACAAAGUUAAUAUUAAUUAAAGUACGUAAUAUAUUAACAUAAAAUAUGCGAUAACAGUUGUUUGCCGGCAGUGCAAAUACAACUGUUCGACAAAGUGCAAUAUAUACAGAGCAAAUAAACGAAAGAUAAUAAAUAAACUGCCAGCCAUUCACAAUGGGACUUUGCAAAUGUCCAAAGAGAUUGGUGACAAACCAAUUCUGCUUUGAGCAUCGCGUCAAUGUCUGCGAACACUGCAUGGUGCAGAGCCAUCCCAAGUGCAUAGUGCAAUCGUAUCUGCAAUGGCUGCGGGAUAGCGACUAUAUAUCCAAUUGCACACUGUGCGGAACUACAUUGGAGCAGGGGGAAUGUGUGCGUCUGGUGUGUUACCACGUUUAUCAUUGGGACUGCUUGAAUGCCCGUCAAGCCGGCUUGCCUGCCAACACAGCUCCAAGUGGCCACCAGUGUCCCAGCUGUAGUGUGGAAAUCUUUCCCACGUCUAAUCUGGUCUCGCCCGUCGCCGAUGCACUGAAAACAUAUCUGGCACAAGUAAACUGGGGUCGCAAUGGACUUGGUCUUGCCUUGCUUUCAGAUGAACAGAACAGUCAGGUGAGAGCCAACGCAAUUGCUGCGGCUCAGGCAGCUGUUACCAAUAUAACCAAAGUGCAUCAUCAUCAUCAUUCCGCUGGAGAGCGUGAGCGCAUGAAAUCAAACGGAGGCGCUGACACAUCCAGUCCACAUUCCGUGCUGCUAAUGGAUGCAUUCAAUCCGCCCAGCUCUGGCGAUAUGCAUGCGACCAGCAGUCGGCGUCCUUUGCUGCCACGUCAAUCGCCCAUUGGUGGCACCGACCGUGAUGAUAACAAGUAUCAACGCCGUACUCCGGCAGAGCUAUUCUCGCGAUGGACGCGUCGCUUUUAUGCUCCAUCAUCGCGUCCACCUUGGCGACGUACAUGGUUCUUGGUGCUCAGCGGCAUCUUGGCCUUUAUUAUGUUUGUGUAUUUGAUGGCGCUGCUGGGUCGUGCCAGCGGCAACGAUGGAUUGGACGACAGCUGGAACAAUCCAAAUCCCAAUCCGAAUCACUAUGAAUAAGUGUCUAACAAGUGUGUCCUCCUCUCCGUUAUAGUCCCAACAUACAGUUAUUUAUGUAACCCCCUGCCCAAGCAUACGAAAUUUAACACGAAAUCUA